AUGGAAGAAAUUAAUAUAAAUGGAACUUCUGAGAAUGAUCGUGAACCUACAUUUGAAUCUCCAGAUGAUGCAUCUAAAGAACCAACUGUUUCUGAUGAAGAAAUGGAAGUUGAAGGUGAAGAAAUUGGAUCAGAUGGUGUUAAUGUAAAUGUUAAAACAAGAAGUAGGAGAAAAGAAAAUAAUGAACCAUUUUUAGCACUAGAUGUUUUUAAUGGUAAUAAAAGUGGAACAAAUUUGUUAUUACAAAUUAAGCAGGAAAUAAGAUUGGGAAAUGAUUAUCAAGUAGAUGAGAGUCUUUUAAGAUCACUUGAUAAUAUGUAUAAUAACCCAAAGUUAAGAAUAGAAAAGAAAUUUGAAGGAGAAGUAUUAUGGAAUCCAAAUGACCCAAGAUAUGAUGAGGAUAAAACUUUAGAGACAAUUAAAAAUGACAAGUUAUAUGAGAUACCAUUAGAGAAAACAUUAUAUAAAAUACAGAAAAUGAAUUUUGACUAUGAAAACAUUGCAAAACAGGUACCAAUAAAAGAAGCUAAAGAAGAAUAUUGGACUCCUGAAGAAAUUAUACAAUUUAAAUAUUGUUUUCAAAGAUUUGGAAAACAAUUUCAUAAAUACAAAGUUAUCCUCACAACUAAACCAACAAAAUCAGUUAUUGAAAGAUAUUUUAAUUAUAAGUAUUUUGAUAAAUAUAGAUCAUCAUAUUCAUUAAAUGAGCCACUAUCACAUGUAGAUAUGGCAUUGAAAUUAGUCGAUAAACCAUUUUUAAUUAUGAAUGAAGAAUCUGAAUGUAAUAAUUGUAAAUACGAAACAAAAUGUUAUAUAAAGAUAGAAGAAAAAGUAUUAUGCGAAUAUUGUUAUAAUUAUAAAAAAUAUAACGGAAAAUUACCAGAUGGAGAAAAUAUUCAUCAUACAUCAGAAGAAGCAUUUAAUCAUGAUUCACUAAAAAUAAAAGUAAAUGGUAUAAGAAAAAGUUUAAUAGAAUCAUUAAAAUCAGCUUUAGUAAAAGAUGGUAAAAAGUGUCAAUUUCCAAUUUCAGAAAAGACACCCCUUCAAAGGCAUCGUGAAUUUGUACAAAAGCAAAUUGAAAAAAGACGAUUUUUUGAUCAAUUUAUUGUUGAAUAUGAAAAAUUGUGGAAAAUUAUUAGUAAAUACAAAGCAUGUCUUGAAGGAGAUGUAAAAUACCCACAUUUUGGGACACAUUAUCUUCAUGUUGUCAAUAGAGAACUUCUACCUUCUGCCGGUAAAUGGGUUGAAUGGGAAUCUUGCUUACAAGAAUGUAUUUUUGAUUUAUGUCAAACAUUUCAAUUUAAUAUUCAACUUGUAGAAAAAGAGUUACGUGGAUUAGUUUCAGCUGAAAUGUUGGCGGAAUUUAUUAAAUUUUACCCAAAAAAAAGAUUAUAA